AUGACAGCCACUAUCGAGCUCGAGCCAGGAUAUGUUGGAAACCUUGAUUCCUCUCAGGAACAAAAAUUGCAUCAGUUUUGGCGAAUCUUGAUACAGUCAUGGGAUGCAAGCAUUCCCAGUCCCGAUCCGGCCCGCAAGUCUUCUAUAUCGUCUAAUGUGCCCGACAAGUCUCACCGUCGCUUCUUCUCGUUUGGUCGAUCACAGGCCCAGCCUACGGAGGAAGAGAUCUCUGCAAUUCCAGCCAAUCUGCACGACACGCUCAAGAGUCUCGACGCAGGUGCAGCUGACCUGAAAUCGAUCGGCUCGCUUCUCAUCAAAUUACCUGGCGAUCAGGUCAGGUCCGCUUUCUUGGUAAUCCUCAAACAAGACCAUCCUGAUGCACUUCUCCUACGUUUCCUCCGUGCCGAGAAAUGGAACGUCCCGAAGGCGUGGAUCAAGUUUGUUUCGUCUUUGAACUGGCGGGUCAACGAGUACAUGGUUGACGAAGAAGUUAUGCUAAAAGGAGAGGAGCAUAACUUAGAGAAAUCUCGACGGGAGACUGAUUCCACAGAUAAAAAGGACGGCGAAGGCUACGUGCUCCAGUUGAACACAGGCAAGGGUUACUUCCAUGGAGCCGAUAAAUUCGGACGUCCCAUUUGUGUUGUCAGAGUGCGAAUCCACAAUCCAAGCGAACAAACACAAAAAGGGCUGUUUGACUAUAUCAUCCACUGCAUUGAAUCAGUUCGCUUCCUCCAAGUUCCUCCAGUGGAAUCAAUGGCAAUCGUUUUCGAUCUGACUUCCUUCAGUCUCUCGAACUGGGACUUUCCUCCCGUCAAGUUCAUCAUCGAUAGCUUCCAAGAAAACUACCCCGAGUCCCUGGGAGCUAUGAUCUUCUAUAAUGCCCCGUGGAUUUUUUCCGGAUUCUGGAAAAUUAUACAUGGCAUUCUCGACCCAGUGGUCGCCUCCAAGGUCCAUUUUAUCAGCGGUGCCAAGGAACUAGAGGAACUUGUUCCCAAGUCCCAGAUCUUGAAAGAGCUUGGCGGAGAAGAAGAAUGGGAGUAUGAAUAUAUUGAACCUACUCCAGGCGAGAAUGACAGGUUGAAAGAUACUGCUACGAGAGAUGACAUCCUCGCAAAGCGAAAGCUUCUUGGAGACGAACUCUUCAAUGUGACGAGUGAGUUGAUAUCAAAAUCAGACACUCAAUCUCCCGACUCUGCCGACUCUGUGCAAAGCCGUCGAGCUGAAGUGAUCCGCAAGCUUAGCGAAAAUUACUGGGUGCUCGAUCCGGGGGGGACGAUUGACUUCUACCCCGCGAGAGCUCCAACUCAAGUCAACGAGAAGCCGGAAAUUGCGGAGAAAGCUGUGGAUGAUGCUCAAGUGCCGACAAUUGUUGCUUGA